GGUUAACAGUGAGCCAACAGAGUGGACUUCAGUGUUUUUUUCUCAACACACUGACCGCUGUUAAACAUUUAGCGAGCUGUUUUACGACGUAUUUUUAUAUGGAGUUUUUCGUGCGCUCAAAUUGCUCAUCGAGUACCUGAGUACUGGGCUUAAUAAACAAUUGCUUAAAUCGUUUUUUUUGUACAAUAGUCAAAAGAAAAAAGAAAAAACGUAGCAGCGAGUGAAAGUAAAGGUCCCGCAAUAUGUUGUACUGUCCGCCGAACGUGACAUUCGAUGAGAUUUGGACACAGCAUGGCAUCUCGCACUGUUUUAUGGACACCGUGGGACCGGCUGUCUGUGGCGGCUUCCUGCUGCUCUUUGGCAGCAUUCAGCUGUUAAUGUACCGGAAAUAUGCCACGCCCACGGAUCCAACACAGAUCUCCAAGUCGCGAUUGUAUGCACUGCAAAUGUUUCUGCUGCUCCUUGUUCCGGUGUUGGCUCUAUUGCGUUUCUUUUUGAACGCUCGCAUCUAUCCCGAUGGGGUCGUCUAUGGCUAUAUGAUAUUCUACACAAGCGUUGUGUGCUUCUCGUAUCCAUUUUGCAUCUGCCUCAUAAUCAAGGAACGGCAUUAUCAGUUGCCUUCCGUGCCCACACGUGGGCAUGGACUUAUUCUAUUGCUUUUCUGGACCUUGGCAUUGAUUAAUGAAGCUCUCGCCAUUGUUAAUAUGGAUCAUGAGGACUGGUGGUUCCGCUUGAAGAACAACAAGGAUGAAAUUGAGAUGGGCAUGUUUGUUUCACGCGCCCUGUGCUCGCUGCUCAUCUUUACGCUGGGCUUGAAGGCGCCCGGCAUUAUGGCGCCAUAUAAUCCGCAUCAGCGUCUGGAAAAUGAGUCGUCUAACGAUUCGACAGGCGGUGUGCCGACGGGCUCUGCUUUCCGCAACGGUUGGCGCAAAUUGCGCAAACUAUUCCCUUAUCUGUGGCCUAAAAAGGAUGUCAUGCUGCAAUUAGCUGUUGUUGUUUGCGUCAUGUUGCUUGCCGCCGGUCGCGUUAUCAAACUGUUUCUGCCCAUUUAUCGCAAACUGUUGGUCGACAGCCUGACCAUUGAGCCCAUCGAGUUUCGCUGGGACUUUGUGCUGAUGUAUGUGCUGCUAUCGUUUCUACAAGGUGGCGGCACUGGCGGCAUGGGCCUCUUCAACAAUCUUCGCACUUUCCUCUGGAUUCGUGUGCAGCAGUACACGACGCGCGAGAUUGAGAUUGAUCUAUUCCGUCAUCUGCAUCAGCUCUCGCUGCGUUGGCAUCUGCAGCGCAAGACGGGCGAGGUGCUGCGCAUCAUGGAUCGCGGCACGGACUCAAUUAACAAUUUGCUCAACUACAUUGUAUUCUCCAUAACUCCUACCAUACUGGAUCUGCUUGUGGCUGUCAUCUUCUUCAUAUAUGCCUUCAACUGGUGGUUUGGUCUCAUUGUGUUCUUAACCAUGUUCCUGUAUAUAGCCUCCACAAUCGCCAUCACGGAAUGGCGUACGCAAUACCAAAGACGCAUGAAUCUGGCGGACAAUGAGCAGCGCGCUAGAAGUGUGGACUCGCUGCUGAACUUUGAGACAGUCAAGUACUAUGGAGCCGAGGGCUAUGAGGUGGACUGUUACCGGGAGGCAAUACUCAAGUACCAAAAGGAGGAAUUUCUAUCGAUGGUGACGCUGAAUUUGCUCAACACUGCCCAGAAUAUUAUAUUGUGUCUGGGAUUGUUGGCUGGCUCGAUGCUCUGCGUCUAUUUGGUGGUACACCAUCAGACCUUGACAGUGGGCGACUUUGUGCUCUUCUCCACGUAUCUCAUGGACUUGUAUAUGCCACUGAAUUGGUUUGGCACCUAUUAUCGUGCUAUACAGAAGAAUUUUGUGGACAUGGAGAACAUGUUUGAUCUGCUGCGCGAGGAUGAAGAAAUUGUUGAUGCGCCGGGCUGUGCACCACUGCUUACGGCUGGCGGCAGCAUAGAAUUCUCGAAUGUAUCAUUUGGCUACUCGCCGGAGAAGUGUGUGCUGCGCAAUGUCAACUUUACUGUACCCGCCGGCAAAACAGUGGCCAUUGUUGGACCCUCGGGCGCUGGUAAAAGUACUAUCAUGCGAUUACUCUUCCGUUUCUACGAUGUACAAACGGGUGCGAUAUCAAUAGAUGGCCAGAACAUCAAGCUGGUGCAGCAGCAAAGUCUGCGAAAGGCAAUUGGUGUUGUUCCUCAGGAUACGGUGCUGUUCAACAAUACCAUUUACUACAACAUUGAAUAUGCCAAAAUUGGUGCAACGCCUGAUUCGGUUUAUGAGGCUGCACGCUCAGCGGACAUACACGACCGAAUUUUGGAAUUCCCCGACAGAUAUGAGACCAAAGUGGGCGAGCGGGGCUUGCGACUGAGUGGCGGCGAGAAGCAGCGUGUGGCCAUAGCGCGAACACUGCUCAAGUCACCGAUUAUAGUGCUGCUGGACGAGGCCACAUCGGCGCUGGACACGCACACAGAGCGUAACAUUCAAGCGGCAUUGGCACGCGUCUGUGCGAAUCGUACGACAAUUAUUGUCGCCCAUCGCCUGUCCACAAUAAUACAUGCCGAUGAGAUUAUUGUGCUGCAGGAGGGCAGCAUUGUGGAGCGUGGCAGGCACGAGCAGCUGUUGGAGCGUGACGACGGCAUCUAUGCGGAAAUGUGGCAGCAGCAGCUCAAAAAUCUAAAUGCCGAGCAAAGCUCAACGGAGGACGAAACGGAAGAGCGACCAAAGAUGCUUUAGAACGGAUCACGGAUAUAAGGCAUAGAUCUUAGAAGUAAUUUUGAUUUCUUUGUUGUUACAUGUGAUUUGUGGCACUUGUUGUGUAUGAUGGGUUGCUUUCUUGAUUCCUAGUUCUUGUCUACAUUAUAUUGUAAUAAUAAACGAAUAAUUCUAAUUUUUAUAAAAUAA